UUAGGGUAUUGAAAUUAGACCCUUGUGUCCAUCUGUUUGUCUGUGUAUGUCCCUUCACAGAACUUAAAAUAUAUUGAUAUACUGACAGCAGGGAAAUGUUAUGAGAAUGUUAUGAAAGCAUAGAACUCAAUUGAAACUGGUUGAUCCAUGCUAUUAGUGAGAUGAAAAGGAGUGAAGUUGUGUUGUUGUUUACAUUUUUGUUCUUAAUUUCCUUAGCAAAUUCUGUCAUGCCACAGAGAACUACUCCCCUUCAGGAUGCCAUUAAUCACAUCCUUGCAGGAAGAGACAAGAAUUCAAUGUUAGAAAUCAAAUAUAUUAAUCCAGUUAAAGGUCGUGGUAUCUUCACUUUAGCUGUUUUCAAUCAAGGAGACUUUGUGGUGGAGUAUAGAGGGGAGCUCAUUGAUGCAGCUGAAGCUGAACAUAGACGUAAACUGUACCACAAUGCAUGUUCGAUCUUCAUGUUUGACUUCAUAUGGAAGCGGAAGACAUGGUGUAUUGAUGGAGCACUUGAAGAUGGGUCAUUUGGGCGACUGGUAAACGAUGAGCAUAAGGCACCAAAUUGCAGAAUGAAGUUGAUCGAAGCAGAAGGGAAGCCACAUCUCUGCCUUUUUGCACUGAAGGAAAUUACGGCAGGAACUGAAAUCACUUAUGACUAUGGUGGGAAAGAAUGGCCCUGGCGUAAAGAGAUUCCCCCUACUGUUACAAGCACUGCUGCCCAAGAGUCUAUUAAAGACCGUUUCCAAGACCAAACCAUGUCAUCCACAGUCUCUAUUGAAGAGACCAGAGAGAGACCAGAAGUCCAGUCCUGCAAUAUAACAUCAGGCAGUUCUGCUUGUGAGACACAGCUCAGUGGUGCAAGCUUCCCUUCUGGCCAACACUCCGUUGCAGAGCUUGGUGACCACGCCCAUGACUUGGAACCCAAUGUUUUCUCUACAGACUUAUUCAGAGACACAGAAUUGAGAGCAGAGUGUCAGUCAUCCAGUCCCACACCAGACAGUCCUGAGCAUGAGGUGCAUUGUGUCAGAGGUCAAUGUGGCACUUCUUCUGCGAAAGAGGGGAUUGGAGAAGUUGGUGUCCAGCACCAGGAGGUGUCACCCCCUGUGUUCUCAACAGACCUUACCAGUGAGACCGAAUCGAGCUCAGCGUGUCAAUCAUCCAGAGCCACGCCAAACGACUCUGCUUGUGAGUGUACAAUCCAUAAGCUGGUUUUUGAAUUGGUGAGAAUUGACAAAUGCUGGAUAUGCCAUUCACCUUUGACAUCUAUCAGAUGGCAUGGUGUUAGAUGCAAACAAUGCUGUGGUGUGUGGCAUAAAAUCUGCCUCCAGAAAUCCUCAGAAGACUGGGAUAUAUCAGAUGAUGAUGUCUCAUCUGAUGACGAGUACAUCCCAGAGUCUGUAUCGGAUUCAGAAAGCUCAGGGACAGAGUUGACUGUUGAGUUGCCUGAACCAUCCAAAAAGUCCCAUACCACUAAUAUGCCUGAUUUAGGCGUUACUUUUGCUGAACAAGAACAGACCAUAGAUAUACAGGACAACUGUAAGAAUAUCCUGAUGGAUCUAGAAACUACUGGUGAUCUCCAAAGUGACCCAGAACCAGAAAGCUCAGAGUCAUACCAGCAGAAAACAAAAGAUGCGAGUAACGAAAAGGGUACUGUGGAUAUUCUUGGCCAAAGUAAAUCCCCAACCAAAUCAGCAAAAUUCCUUAAAAGCCAAGUCAAUUAUUGUUUUGUAUGUGAAAAACCUCAAACAAAAUUUGCACGUCAUCUCGAGAGGCAUGUAAAUGAAAAUGCUGAAAUCGCACAGGCACUCCAGUUCCCCAAAUCAUCAAAGGACAGAAAGGUUCUUCUUGAGAAAUUCCGAAACCUUGGCAACUUCAAGCACAACUCAAUUGUUAAAACCACAGGAUCAGGCUGUCUUAAAGUGAAAAGGAGUUCCAAACAGAGCAGCAGCCCUGAGACGUAUGAUUACUGCUUGUACUGUAAGGGUAUGUUAUCCAGAAAAGAACUUUCUCGACAUAUGAAAAGAUGUGCUCUAAGACCAGAGAAUAAUGUUGAAGAGGGACCCAAGUUGAGAGAGAGAGUCUUUGGUAUAGCAUCUGCUCAAUCCACAAUGUCCCAGCCAAUUUCAAGUGAACUUUGGUCAGUGCUGGGCAAAAUGCACAAGGAUGACGUGUCCACUGCAAUAAGGAAUGAUCAUUAUCUCAUGCAGUUUGCCCAGUCCCUCUUUAAUAAGCAUGGGAGUGACAGAUCAAAGCAUGAGUAUAUAAGACAGAAAGUAAGGGAACUUGGGAGAUUACUUGUGACUUUGCGCCACACAACAAGAAUCCAUAACAUGGAAGAGGCAGUAAAACCAGGCAACUUCUUUAUUCUUACUAGUGCUGUCAAGAGAGUUUCAGGUUUUGAUCCCGAAAACAGCACAUUCAAAGCCCCAAGUUUGGCCCUGAAAAUUGGGCAUUCUCUCAGAAAGAUAAGUGACCUCAUUAUGUGUCGUGCUCUCAUGGAAGAGGACCAAGAGGUGAUCGAUUCCAUCAGGAGGUUUCAUACACUUCAUGAAACAAAGUGGUCUGAAUUAGUUUCCCAUUCUGCCUUAUCAAACCUGAGUGAGGCAAAAUACAACAAGAGCAACAGGCUUCCACUGGCCAAAGACGUUCAGAAGUUACAGUUAUAUCUUGGUCAGCAAGUGGAAUUGACUAAGGAGAAACUAGCCGAUAACCCAACAGCAGGCACUUAUGCAGCACUAGCAAAGGUGACCCUCUGUCAAGUCAUUUUGUUUAAUAGGAGGAGGGAAGGUGAAGUGGCACGGAUGACUGUAAAAAAUUUUGAAGAUCGUGACAUGUCCCAACUAAACGAUGACAUAAGCACUGGGCUUACAGAAGUUGAGAAGAGACUUUGCAAACAAUUCGCGAGAGUGGAACUGAGGGGGAAAAAAGGACGAAAGGUUGCUGUGAUCCUUACUUCUGAUAUGACUGCUAACCUGUCACUCCUCAUUAGUAAGAGGAAAGAGUGUGGAGUAACAGAAAACAACAAUUACCUCUUCGCUAUUCCUUGUAGUGAUGGUCACUACAGAGGGCAGUUUGGUCAAUUUGCAGAUGCUUGUGGAGCCGAAGAUCCUCAAAACCUCAGAUCAACUAACCUUCGCAAACAGAUCGCCACAAUAAGCCAAGUCAUGAACUUGAAAGAUAAUGAACUGGACCAGCUGGCCGAUUUUCUCGGCCAUGACAUUAGGGUGCAUAGGGAGUACUAUCGACUGCCCCAAUCAACAAUUCAGCUGGCUAAGAUCUCAAAGCUGCUUAUGGCUAUGGAGAAGGGAAGUGUGAAGGAUAUUCAAGGAAAAUCUCUGGACGAAAUUGGUGAUGACAUAGACGAUAUGGAUACCGGAUCACAGCAACUCCCUAAUGUUUCCACAUUGCAAGACAAUGAAGAAAUGUUGGCUUCUGUGACUUUUGGAUCGCCUCACCUCUCCGAGACUGCAGCUCAAGGUAUAAUCUCAAUGAUGGACCCAAAGUUUGCCCAACAUAUCUCAUGUAAUGAGCUGGGAUCU